CAGCUGAGCCGUGGGUUAUAUGGCCCGCCCCUUCACAAGCAACGACGAUCCAGAACAGCUGAUAGAUGGGAGACGUGCUGCAAGCUGAGGCCGUGGCACCCGCCGCCGACGAGGCGGGAAUCUGGCCCGGCGAGCUCGACGAGCAGCUGAUCAGUGACCUCCUCAGCGACGACAGCCUCCUCGCCCCCGUGGUCGACCCGGCCGACGAUUCGGAGCAGCACUACUGCCCGCGCGACAAUACAGGAUCAGGCGCAGCCACCGCUGCGGUGCCGCCGGCGGAGGCGGGCAGGUCCCUUUGCUCGGUGUACUCCGGCCCCACGAUCACGGACAUCCAGAAGGCGCUGUCGUCCCGGCCGCACCCGCCCCGAUACGGCCGCCGCUACAGCUCGCUGUAUUUCCGCAGGUACGGGGCGGCGAGCGCGGCGCCGGAGAGCAGGCGCACGGCCACGGUGAGGAGCUGCGGCGGCAAGAUGCCGACGGACGGGUACAAGUGGCGCAAGUACGGGCAGAAGUCCAUCAAGAACAACCCCCACCCGAGGAGCUACUACAAGUGCACCAGCUCCCGGUGCAGCGCCAAGAAGCACGUGGAGAAGUCCACCCACGACCCGGAGAUGUUCACCGUCACGUACGAGGGGUUGCACCUCCACGGCCCGCAGCCGCUCUCCCGUCACCUCCAGCCCCCGCCGGGGCCGACGACGACGGAUGUGGCCGUGGUGAACAAGAAGGCCAGGCUCUCGCCAAACUCCGACGACAACCACGGGGACGACGACUCCGGCGCCGGCAUUGGCUGCGGCGCACGGUGGCCAUCAAAAGAAACGUGCGGCGUAGACGAUGACGACGACGUAGGAGGAGGAGGAAGCAGCAAGCUACAGGGGCGUCAGAAGGGGCGCGCCCAUGACGCUGUAAUAGCCGUGGAUUCGUCCGACGGCCGGUGGUCGGCGGCCUCUUCCGUGCCGCAUGCUGAUGAUGCCGCCGCGGCCGUGUUUUCUUCUGACCCGCCGCCGGCUGCCAACUGGUAUUGCCUCGACUUGCCGUGGUCCCCGGAAGGUCACUUCCCGUGGACGAUCUGAUCUGACCGGCCCUGUGAGUUGAUUAGGGAGAGACUGUCUCACAGGAUACGUGCAAUCUACAACUGCCAAGGUGUAAUUAGAAUAUUAGAUAGUGAGUACUGCGUAGAGAUCAAAAGAUCUGAUACUGGUGUCACCGAAAGAACUAGCGGGGUAGCCCGCGCAAUCUGCGAGGCUAGACUUAAUGAAAUGAUGUUUUUAUA